AUGGAAGAGAAUGUGUUCAGCGUGCAGCAGAUACAGCCCAACGUCAUCUCGGUGAGGCUCUUCAAGCGCAAGGUGGGCGGCCUCGGCUUCCUGGUGAAGGAGCGCGUCAGCAAGCCGCCUGUCAUCAUCUCGGACCUGAUCCGGGGAGGGGCUGCAGAGCAGAGUGGCCUCAUCCAGGCUGGGGACAUCAUUUUAGCUGUCAAUGGCAGGCCCCUGGUAGACAUGAGCUAUGAGACUGCGCUGGAGAUACUGAGAAGCAUCGCCUCCGAGACCUACGUGGUCCUCAUCCUGCGGGGCCCCGAGGGCUUCACCACUCACCUGGAGACCACUUUUGCAGGUGACGGGACACCAAAAACCAUCCGUGUCACCAGACCCCUCUGCCUGACUCCGAAGGCGGUUGACUUGUCCAACCCAAGCCUGCACGGCAAAGAGCAGCUGCUGCCAGCAGCCGACCGCACCAUGGGCUCCCUGUGGACAAGAGAGAUCGGGCAGGAGGUGGAGCCGAUGGUCCACGUUAACGGCGUCGUUACCGAUGGCAAAAGGCAGGAUGCCAGGAAGGGGAAGGAGGGUGCUUGUGGUCACCCUUGCCUCAACGGUGGCAUGGAAGACAAUGAACUGCUCAAAGAAAUUGAGCCCGUCCUGGAUCUCCUGAAGAGCAGUAGUAAGGACAGCGAUGGAGAUGCACCCUCCAAGGUAGAGACAAGAGAUAUAGAAGUCCAGGUAGACUGGGAAGGGGAAAGCAAGCCGCAGAAAGCUUUACCAGCUCGGAUGGAGAACGACCGUGUCUUUGGUGACCUGUGGAGGAAGAGCAACAUGCCUGUGGUCCUGAACAACCCCUACUCCGAAGCAGAGCAGCCACUGCCAUCUGGGCGGCAGUCCCCAACUAAGAACACGGUGAAUGGAAGCCCUUCCAAAUGCCCACGGUUCGUCAAAAUCAAGAACUGGGAGACGGGCUCCGUGCUUCACGACACGCUGCACCUCAAGACGGCGAUGGCCACCGCGUGCACUGAGCAGAUCUGCAUGGGCUCAGUGAUGACACCUAGCCAGCACGUCCGCAAGUCAGAAGAUACCAGGACAAAAGAGGAGGUGCUCCUCUUGGCUAAGGACUUCAUUGACCAGUACUACUCCUCCAUAAAGAGAUCUGGCUCCAAGGCGCACAUGGAAAGGCUGGAUGAAGUGACCAAGGAGAUUGAAGCCACUGAUACCUACCAGCUGCGGGACACAGAGCUGAUCUAUGGAGCCAAGCAUGCCUGGAGAAAUGCAGCCCGCUGUGUGGGCAGGAUUCAGUGGUCCAAGCUGCAGGUGUUUGAUGCCCGUGACUGCACCACAGCCCACGGAAUGUUCAAUUAUAUCUGCAACCACAUCAAAUACGCCACCAACAAAGGAAACCUCAGAUCUGCUAUUACCAUCUUCCCACAGCGGACGGACAGCAAGCAUGACUUUCGCAUCUGGAAUGCCCAGCUCAUCCGCUACGCUGGCUACAAGCAGCCCGAUGGCACUAUCCUGGGUGACCCCGCAAACGUGGAGCUGACAGAGAUCUGCAUUCAGCAAGGGUGGAAGGCACCUCACGGGCGCUUUGAUAUCCUGCCUCUGCUCCUCCAAGCCAACGGCAAUGAUCCAGAACUCUUUGAAAUCCCCCCGGAGCUCGUGCUGGAAGUGCCCAUCCGGCAUCCCAAGUUCGAAUGGUUUAAGGACCUGGGCCUGAAGUGGUAUGGUCUGCCGGCAGUUUCCAACAUGCUCCUCGAGAUUGGGGGCUUGGAGUUUUCUGCCUGCCCCUUCAGCGGCUGGUACAUGGGCACAGAGAUUGGAGUCCGGGAUUAUUGCGACAACUCUCGCUACAACAUACUGGAGCAAGUGGCCAAGAAAAUGAAUCUGGAUAUGAGGAAAACUUCAUCACUGUGGAAGGACCAGGCCCUGGUGGAGAUCAACAUUGCUGUGCUGUACAGCUUCCAGAGUGACAAGGUGACCAUUGUGGAUCACCACUCGGCCACCGAGUCCUUUAUCAAGCACAUGGAGAACGAGUACCGAUGCCGUGGAGGCUGUCCUGCCGACUGGGUGUGGAUUGUCCCACCAAUGUCUGGCAGCAUUACCCCAGUUUUCCAUCAGGAAAUGCUCAACUACCGUCUCACGCCCUCCUUUGAGUACCAGCCGGACCCCUGGAACACCCACGUCUGGAAAGGGGUCAACGGGACGCCUACCAAGAAGAGGGCCAUCGGCUUUAAGAAGUUAGCAAAAGCUGUGAAGUUCUCGGCCAAGCUGAUGGGACAGGCCAUGGCCAAAAGGGUCAAAGCGACCAUCCUGUAUGCCACUGAAACAGGGAAGUCGCAGGUCUAUGCAAAAACUCUCUGCGAAAUCUUCAAGCAUGCCUUCGAUGCCAAGGUGAUGUCCAUGGACGAGUACGACAUCGUGCACCUAGAGCAUGAAACCAUGGUCCUGGUGGUCACAAGCACAUUUGGCAAUGGAGACCCACCUGAGAAUGGAGAGAAAUUUGGCUGCGCGUUAAUGGAGAUGAAGAAUCCCAACUCCAACCUGGAGGAGAGGAAGAGCUACAAGGUCCGUUUCAAUAGCGUCUCCUCUUAUUCGGAUGCACGGAAAUCCUCAAGCGAUGGCCCUGACUCCAGGGACAACUUUGAAAGCACAGGACCCCUGGCUAAUGUCAGGUUCUCCGUGUUUGGGCUGGGGUCACGUGCUUACCCCCAUUUCUGCGCCUUCGCCCGGGCCGUGGACACUCUCCUGGAGGAGCUGGGUGGAGAGCGGAUCCUCCGCAUGGGAGAAGGGGAUGAGCUCUGUGGCCAAGAGGAGUCCUUCAGAACCUGGGCCAAGAAGGUCUUCAAGGCAGCGUGCGACGUGUUCUGCGUGGGGGACGACGUCAACAUCGAGAAAGCAAACAACUCCCUCAUCAGCAAUGACCGGAGCUGGAAGAGGAGCAAGUUUCGCCUGACCUACGUGGCUGAAGCCCCAGAGCUCACACAAGGACUGUACAGCAUCCACAAAAAACGUGUCUAUGCAGCCCGGCUUAUCACACGCCAGAACCUGCAGAGCCCAAAGUCCAGCCGCUUGACAAUUUUCCUGCGCCUCCACACCAACGGGCACCAGGAACUGCAGUACCUGCCUGGGGACCACUUGGGCGUGUUUCCAGGGAACCACGAAGACUUGGUCAAUGCCCUGAUUGACAGGCUUGAAGAUGCCCCUCCGGCCAACCAGCUGGUGAAGGUGGAGCUCCUGGAGGAGAGGAACACAGCUCUAGGUGUCAUCAGUAACUGGACAGAUGAGAACCGUGUCCCACCAUGCACAAUCUUCCAGGCUUUUAAGUACUAUUUGGACAUCACCACCCCUCCCACACCCCUCCUGCUGCAGCAGUUUGCUUUGUUGGCCACCAGUGACAAGGAGAAGAAACGUCUGCAGGUCCUUAGCAAGCGCUCUCCUCCAUCCCUCUCUUUUUUUUUGCAGGAGUACGAGGAAUGGAAGUGGUCCAAGAACCCCACCAUUGUGGAGGUGCUGGAGGAGUUCCCCUCGGUGCAGAUGCCCUCCACGCUGCUGCUCACUCAGCUCCCCCUCCUCCAACCGCGCUACUACUCCAUCAGUUCCUCCCCAGAGAUGUACCCAGGAGAAGUCCACCUCACCGUGGCAGUGGUCUCCUAUCGCACGAGAGACGGAGAAGGACCAAUCCACCACGGAGUCUGCUCCUCUUGGCUCAAUCAGAUACAGACCGACGAAAUAGUGCCCUGUUUUGUAAGAGGUGCGCCUGGGUUCCACCUGCCCCAGGAUCCCCAGGUGCCCUGCAUCCUCAUCGGCCCCGGCACUGGCAUCGCCCCUUUCCGGAGCUUCUGGCAGCAGCGGCUUUUUGAAAUCCAGCACAAAGGUCUGAAGCCUUGUCCUAUGGUCCUGGUGUUUGGCUGCCGGCAGUCCAGGAUCGACCACAUUUACAAAGAGGAGACGCUCUUUGCCAAAACCCAAGGUGUCUUCAGAGAGCUGUACACAGCCUACUCCCGGGAACCAGACAAACCAAAGAAAUACGUGCAGGACGUGUUACAGGAGCAGCUGGCCCAAACCGUGUUCAAAGCGCUGAAGGAGCAGGGAGGCCACAUCUACGUCUGUGGGGAUGUCACCAUGGCCAGGGACGUCCUCAAGACUGUUCAGCGCAUCGUGAGGCAGCAGGGCCAGCUGUCGGUGGAGGAGGCGGGCACGUUCAUCAGCAAGCUGCGGGAUGACAGCCGGUACCACGAGGAUAUUUUUGGAGUCACCCUGCGUACGUACGAAGUGACUAACCGCCUUAGAUCUGAGUCUAUUGCAUUCAUUGAGGAGAGCAAAAAAGAUACGGAUGAGUGA